UUAUUUAAUAAUAAUCCUCCACCUCCUUUUAAUCACACACAAUAUAUUCCCAAACUGAUUUCAAAUUUCCAAAAAAAGUGAAAAGAUCUCAUAAAAAGCAUAAGAUCAAAUUCUGAUCUCGAGCUGAAAGUGUGGCGAGGAGCUCAUGUCUCGCUGUUCCCUGCUACACACAAACCUUCACAUAUAUGCACACACAGCAGUCUCUCAACGCGCUGUAGCUGUGUGGCUCGGCAGCAGCAGCAGACAAACAGAGGGGGGCGAAGGACGGCGCAAGUUAGCACACAGAGAGACAGGCGCUCUCAUCAGUGACGGGCUCACCGGCUGCGUGGACAGAGCUGUGGCGCAGGAGCAGGAGGAGGAGGAGGAGGAGGAGAAGAGGUGCAACGGGAGGACAAGCUGCCUGAAAACCGGAGCAAAACGGGAGGGACUGCGAGAGAGAAAGAGGGGGGAAAAAUGGAGAGAGAUCGCUGAGGGGAGAGAAGUCAUUCGGAGCAGUGAGGGGGAGCAAGCUGGAUGAAGCUGACAAGGACGUAGAGGGAAGAAAGCACACAGAGAAGCCUUCCCCGACGGGGGAGAGAAGCAAGGGAGUGUGUGCACAAAGUGGAAAAGAAGAAGAAGAAGAGGAGGAGGAGGAGGAGAGGGAACUGACAGGAGGUCGAGUUUACGGGGCUUGACUGACACGAAAGCGAAGAGGAGGAGGAGGAGCAUGAGGGCAAGUUGAUGGAUUUGAUUUGGAGAGAGUAUUUUUAGAAGGAGGAGCGGAGACAUGAGAGGAAUAUUGAGAUUAGAAAUGCUGUCUUUGAGUAGAAGAGAAAAAACUAGGGGGGAAGAAGAAGAAGAAGAAGAGAGAAUAACAGCAGACAGAGAAAGGGGGGAGAGAUGUUGAGAUCAGAGUGUGACAGAACAGAUUAUCUCUGGUCUGGUUUCCCGCAGGAAACCGCUGUGAGUGUAUGUCCGUGUAUGCGCAUGAGUGCCUCCAUCUCCAUGUGAAAGUGUGUGUAGCAUGUUUCUUACUGUGGCCGUGGUACUGAGAAGCAGGUCUGCUACUAGAUGAAGCUCCCCCGUGGUUACCCACAGGACCUAAUAACACUGGUUAAAGCCAAAUGGGGGGAGAGCCAAGAAGCAGACCAGUGACAUCACGUGGAAGUCAAGGCAUUCAAAGUGAGACUGCAAAGUGGGACAAAAAACAAAUGAGCAUGGGAGACUUUUGUGAAUUCAAUUAAGGCUCAUACUUGAUAGUGACAAGGAACUGAUUGCAGCCUCUGGCUGCCAAAUGCUUCUGCAAGACAGUGAUGCCAAAAAACACACACAUGUAAGUCAGAAGAAGAGAAACCACAGCGCUGGAACAAGGCAAGCUCUUCUCUGACAGACUGCACCACACCAACCAAUUCCUUCCGCUGUCCUCUCAUUAUUUUAAUUACCUUCCCUUCUUUCAUUUAUUUUUUUUUCUUCUCUGCUUACCCUUUGGUAUUUUGUAUUCUAUCCUCCUCUCUCCCUAUCUCCUCCCCUCCCUCUUCCACUUGCCUUUGCUCUCUCUGUCUCAUCCUCUCUUGUUCACUGUCACACUAACUGCGGUGGAUGCUGGAGUCACUCAUGUAGAAGCCACCUUGCUUGGAGCACAUUUGCCUAGCUGAUUUUUUUUUUUUUCCUCUGCUGAGUUGGAUGAUUGGAGCCCUCUCAGACUGAGAGACCAGGACAGAUGACCAACAAGUAGCUGCUGCUGAGUUCAUAAGAGCUUCUGCACCACCGGGAGAAGACGACUUAAAGACAUACAGAUUUUCUGUAAGUGUACUCUCAUUACUUCCAUUACUUGCAGGCGGUAUAUUUACAGUUGGGACUGGAUGGGUCAUUAGUAUUCGUGAGACCAAACACAUAUCUAGGUGUGGAUUACAGUAGUGGAUUUAUCCUGGAGCUACAUGUGGGCCCCAGCCCCUGAGGCCUGGCUGGGAAAUGAAGCCUUUCCCGUGGCUGUAGGAGCGCUGUGGGCAGCCAUGGCCCUGGAGGGGCGCUGUCUCCGGCGGGGAUCCCCAGUCAUGAUCAGAAAGGGUCGUCAGCGGCGUCCUAUAAAGCCAACUCUGGCUCAGGUCACUUCCACUCUGCUGUCAAGGACACGCCUGCACGGCCUGAGGCAUGUUUGCGUCCCUGGUGGCUCCGUGGGCCGCAGGGCCUUCUGGCUGCUGGCCCUCUGCACUUCCCUGGGGCUGCUUUUAUCCUGGUCCUCCAACCGCCUUCUCCACUGGCUUUCCUUCCCCACACACACCCGUGUCCACACUGAGUGGGCCAAAGAACUUGCUUUCCCUGUAGUCACUAUCUGCAACAACAACCCUAUCCGCCUCUACAAACUCACCAAGAGCGACCUGUAUUUCGCGGGCCACUGGCUGGGCCUGCUGCUGGCUAACCGGACAGUGAGGCCCAUGGUUCUGGACUUGCUUCAGGAGGACCGUCGGGCCUGGUUCAGGAAGCUGUCGGACUUCAGGCUGUUUCUGCCACCAAGAAACUUUGAGGGAACCAACCUGGAGUUUAUGGACAGACUGAGCCACCAACUGGAUGACAUGCUCCUCUCAUGCAAAUACAGAGGAGAGCCCUGCGGCGCUCACAACUUCUCUUCUUUGGCAGCACAGCACUCGGUUGACAGCAGAGGUCAGGGGCUGCUGCUCCUGGAUGGGCCAGAGGAGGAUAAGCUGGCUGAAGCCAUCCUGAGACCAGAAGGAGACAGACUGCAAUCCCUUGCCUCUCAUCAUUUUAUCAGGCAAAGGAACAGCAUGAGCGACUCAGAGACACACACACAGAUAUUUGGUAGAGAAUUGAAACUGUCUUUAAGAAUCUAGCUUGUAGCUGACUUCACCGUCUGCUUAAAGGUGCAGUGUGUAGAAUUUAGUGGAAACGGAAAUAUAAUAUUCAUAAGUAUGUUUUUAUUAGUGUAUAAUCACCUGAAAAUAAGGAUUGUUGUGUUUUCGUUAGCUUGGAAUGAGCCUCUUCUACGGAGCCCGCCGUGGUGCACCGCCAUGUUUCUACAGUAGCCCAGAAUGGACAAACCACACACUGGUUCCUAGUGAGGACCUUUUGUGUGUUUUUCGCGAGUUUUGCGGCCACUGUAGGUUCUCCUACGCGCUUGGAAGAGGAGGUUGAGGGGAGGAGUUAUAAAUCCUACACACUGCACCUUUAAGACUUGAGGCUUUUAGCUUUAAAAAUCUCAUCUCAUUAAAAGUUUACAGCUCGCCUCCUUUUGAAGGGAAUUGUUUGUGUCGCCAAAACGCUGAGUGAACGGCAGGGCCGAUAAGCCCGAAUACCCCCAGACUGUUGAAUCAGCACUCUGAAACUAGGCGGAGUAAUCUUGACUUUUUAUACACUUUGGCUCAGAUUGUCAUAGCUGUUUCUCUUCUUCUAUUGUUUCAAUGAGAGUGUGUGCAAAGGCUGUCUCUGAGCAUGACUGUUAAGCCAUUAUCGGUCCUGUCAGGUCUUUUAUGUUUGCCCAGAGAACACAACCUGCAUGCCUCUGGGACAAAACCGCUGACUGCCACAGGCUCACAACCUCAACUUAAAAGCUUAUCACCCUCACACUUCAGGCAGGGAUUAUGCAAAUCAGAGACUCAGGUGAAGCAUUAAACACGCCUGGAGUUUUAAUGGAAUACUGUGUUUCAGACAGGGCAACCAACAUUAGCAUGUCUGCAGUGUGAACCGCAGUUUCCAUGAUUCCAAAAUACGCUUCUCGUCUCAUCUUCUCACCUUUUCACCAGUGUGUUAAUCAGGGCACCACUGAAGAAGAGUUUACAUUCUAAAAAUUACAUACAAACUAAACAUUGUGGGUUUAUAAGACUGAUUUUGAGCUUUUGGAGUAUCAGUAUUAUAUAUUAAAUGUGAGUGUUUUAUGCAAAAAACAAAGCUCAUCAUAUAGGGACAUAUUAUUUACAGAAAAUAUAGCAAAACAGUUCAAAUUAAUAGAUGUAAUGUGACAUUUUGAUAUACUUUUAUAGAGAAUAGUCAACCAUUUCUUUGGGUGGGAGAGUUUUGCUGAAGAAUGUUUGACUCAGUAUUUAAUAAAA